CGGGGAGCGGGUGUCGCCGGCGGGUAGGAAGCAGGGCGCUAGGCUGGGCCCGGUGUUUGGUUUCUGAGGCGAGGGGUAACUGGAAGUCUUGAGCAACGUUUUGGCUAGAAGUGGCUUUUAUACACUGGAAAAAAUCUGUUCUUUGAAAGAAACGUCACCUAGUCUAUCUUUCAAAAGAACAUGGAUAUGGCUGCAGUUAAUGAUCAGGAAACCCAACUGUGCAGCAAUUGCAAAAAGGCUAUACCUGUAGCUAACUUCACCAUCCAUGAAAUCCACUGUAACAGAAAUAUUGGAGUGUGUCAUUUCUGCAAGGAGUCUGUCCCUAAAUCUGAAAUAAAAAACCACAUUGAAUCUGAACAUGUGCAGGUUACUUGUAAGUGUAAUAUGAAGAUGGAAAAAUGUCACUUAGAGGAUCAUGAGGCAUCAGCAUGCCCUCUGCGUCCUGCAGUUUGCCAACAUUGUGAGAUAGAGCUUGCAUUCAAUAAACUUCAGGACCACGAGGAUUACUGUGGAACUAGGACUGAAACAUGUAGUGAGUGCGGUCGCAAUGUAAUGGUGAAAGAUCUGAAAGAGCACCCUGAAGUUUGUGGGAAGGAGGUGGAAGAAAAAAGAGUUAGCCAACCAAUGUCCCGUUAUAACUAUAAAGAUGAGGCUGCAAAUCUGUGUACCUUUCAAACCAUCAGAAACCUUCUGAGUUCAGAUGGCUAUGCUGGGCCUCUGCAGAGGAUGUCCGGCACGCAGGAAGGCCGAUUUUAUAGCAGUUUUGGAGGAGACCAGGCUUCUAAGAAUAUUAACAGAAGAAAUGCAUCAACAAUGCAGAGAGAUCAGAACCGAGAGGAUGAGCUAGAACGGCUGGAGAGGAAUAAAAACACGGAGUCCUCUCUGUAUGGAGAACAGAAUUCCAAUUUAGACUAUAUGUUAGCCCUUAGCCUGCAACGUGAGAAUAAUCCACACAACAAUAUUGCAGCUGAAAUUCACAGUGACUUCUGGAAGAACUUCUACUCCAAAGAGUCCAAGCCAUCUGAGCAGCUUAAUGAAAUAAACAAAUCAGAUACUUUCUCCCAUGAUCUUUUGUCUAUUAACACUUCGGAUCAGCUAAAAAAUGAUGAUAUCAUGUUGCCAUGUGAAUUCUGUGAGGCACUCUACCCUGAAGAAGACCUGAUUCUCCAUCAGACUGGCUGUAACCCAGCAAGCGCCUUUGCUUCGUUCAGUAAAAGAGGUUCGUCCCCAAGUCAACAAGAAGAAUACAACAGACAUGUUAAAGAUUUCUUAGACCAACUGCACAGCAGCAGAUCUACAUAUCCACAGCAGCAACAAGCUGUACAGACCGAAGGGAGCAUUAUCAUUCCAUGUGAAUUCUGUGGCAUUCAGUUAGAAGAGGAAAUACUCUUCCACCACCAGGACCAGUGUGAUUUACGCCCAGCCACUGCCAGCCCAGGGGCGGGAUUGCCAUCCUCGCAACUGUUGCCUCCCAAAGACAACUUGGAGAGAUCAGAAUCGCCAGAAUCUAGAAGACGCAUCCGGCAUCAAGGAGAAAUUUCACCUCGAUAUCUAGAAGACUUCAGGCAGCAGAGCCUUGCCCAUGCUGUACGAGAGAGCCGAUCACUAAGCAACUUGGCAGUUGCCAGAAGCGUACCCUUGACCUCUUUUAGUGCUGUAAGAGCUAAUGAUGCUCUGACUCAGAAAGGGAAGUCCAGCAACUUAGAUGGCAAUGACAGAAGACUGAGAAGCAGAGGCACAGCUGAAUCUGGAACAGGCCCCAGGCCAGUUGUGCGAUCCACGCAAAACAUCCACCCUGAAAGCUACGUUCCCAGUUUCCCAAGGGCAUCUCCAACACGACCAAGUGUGAGAAACGAAGCAGGCAGGAGUCCUAGGACUGCAAAUGUUCCCGUCAAUUUCAGAAACAGGAGCACAAAGGCAAAAUCCCAGAAACCAGAGUCUGGCCAUCUUGAAGAAGAAUAAUCGAUCUUUUUAUGAAGCGCAUAUUUAGCACUUGAAGCUCUCUCACUAUGCACUAUAGUACUUAUUUAUCCCAGCGCAAGUACUUGCUUUGUUGCCACCAUCAAUGGGGACUUUCUAUUAACUUUACAAUUUUUAGGCAGUGAUUUUUUCUAUAAUUGUUUGUUUUUAAAAGUUUGUGAGUAACGCAUACUAUAGCCGCUGUACAGAAAUGUCAAAGUGUAAAUUUUAUAUUGCUGCUAUCUGGGUGGUUAAAACUGGCAGUAUCCUAAAUCAGUCAGUACUCAGAGGACCAGUCUGUUUUUAUCUCAUCUGCUUGUGUAUGUUUCAAGAGGGAUUUCCUUUUAAUGUGCUCGGCCUUGGCUCAGCAGUGUGCAGCAGAAGUAAUCCAUUGCUUCAUCACUGAAGUAAAUGAAUAGAUGUCUGAGCAGCAACCCUGUUAAUCAAACCCAAAACAAUCAGCCAGAACUGCUCUGGAUGAAGAACCUGCCAUAGUAAGUUACUGUAGCAUUCAGUACUUGUCUGACUCCUCAGAGGUCAGUUGCAGAACACAUGUCUCUGUAAUGAGCAGUUGAUCUUAAUGAUGAACUUCAGUGAGGUUUGGGAUCAGGGGAUGAGUUUAGUGGCUUGGCUUUAAACCUAUUUCCCCUUCAGUCAUUUAGCUUGCUGCUGUUGGCAGUAAUUCUGCAUUAACUAUUUCUACAGUCAAGACUUUCCUGAAGCUUUCUAUCUGGUCAGACCUGGCCUGGGAAUCAGGUGGGGAAAGUCAUACAGAUUGUAACUUACGGUGGUUCUGUCUUCCUAUCUAUAAGUCUAUUAAAUACCAGAAGUGCCCAGUAUUCCUAAGGGCAUCCUCAGAUGAGAUUGUGAUCCACAGUGUGGCAGCUUCAGUCCCACGGGCUUCCAUUCUCAAACUGCUCUUUUGCUGUACUGGAGCCCUUACUUUUUAAAUUCCUUGUAAUAAAAUUUGUAUCUACC